AUGGAAGAAGAAGAGUUUAAAAAUGAUGUCAAUGUUACUUUGACAUUUCUUUCAAAUACAAACUUAUUUGAAACUUACGCAUCUUCUUGUUUUGACGGGCGUGAGAAGUUAUUACUAAAAGCUUUCGCUAAAGUGAUCAAAGAUAAUGAUGGGAAACUG